AUGCUUUCACCAAAGUUACAGUCGAUGCUGCUGGCAUGCAUUCUAUUGCCGUUCGCGGCUGGAGCUCUUUUCCAGAGGGACUGGAUUGUUACGUGGGAGGUCGGCGCGCCAAACGGGCAGGAGAGACAGAUGAUCAAGAUCAAUGGUCAAUUCCCUGGACCACCUAUCAUUUGCGAUGAAGAUGACGAUAUCGAGAUUACUGUCCACAACAAGAUGCCUUUCAACACGACAGUCCACUGGCAUGGCAUGAUACGUAAAAAUGAUGCUCCAGCGCCAUGGCAUCUUAUUAGUGAUACCGUAGCUGACAUCGAUGCGAUGAGCCGAGCUGUGGCGGAUCCUCAGAUACUGAUGAUCUCAGAUUGGACUCGCUUCAUGUCCUGGGAGUAUAUGGAAGCUGAGGAUAGUUCAGGGAUGACCAUUUUUAUUCUUGUGAAUGGGAAGGGCAGCCUGUACUGCCCCGGCGUUGACAAGUUGAUCAACCUCACUAGCACGUACAUGAAGUACGGCUUGUACCCUCGACAGGGCCCAUACUUGAGGCAGGGAAAGCCCGAGACGAUUCCACUUCACCUCCAACAGGGCUGUGUUCCUUCCGAAGGUGCAAAAGAGAUCAUAGAAGUUGACCCGGAAGCCGAGUGGGUUAGUCUCAAUUUCAUCGGUGGCGCAACCUUCAAGACGAUUGUGUUUUCUAUCGAUGAGCAUGAGAUGUGGGUCUACGAAGUUGACGGUGACUACAUCGUCCCUCAGCGAGUAGACACGGUUCACAUGUACGCCGGCGAAAGGUACGCUGUCAUGAUCAAACUCGACAAGCCUGCCAAAGACUACACGAUUCGCGUGGCGGAUAAUGGUUUGACGCAAGUCAUAUCGGCGUUCGCGACACUCCGGUACAGAGGAGGCACUCAAAGGGAGAAGUCAACAGGAAUAAUCGACUAUGGAGGGCAAAAUAGUACCGUCGGCCUGGUCGUCACCACGCUUGAUCGCGAUCAUUUGCCACCAUUCCCGCCAAAUCCACCCUCACGCAAGGCGGACGCAAUGCAUGUGCUGCAUACACAUCGUUGGAAAGUUGCAUGGAAGUACACAAUGUCCGGCCAGGGCAUGUACGAGGAAGAUCGUAGCGCAUACGAGCCACUGUUGUACGACCCUCACUCGGCCGAUGCCAUGGAUGAGGGACUUGUGAUCCGUACCAAGAAUGGCAGCUGGGUCGACCUCGUUCUACAGACCCACUUGGCCGGCGGCAUGGCAGUUGCCAUUCUCGACGGCAUCGACGCCUGGCCCCAAAUACCGCCAGAGUACGGCCCCGAUCAGCGGGGAUUCUUACCGGACCGAAUGUCCCCUUGGAGGAGCGCCUAG